UCCUUUACCGUUCAACGGUCCCAACAUGCGAUGUUUUCUCUGCUACAAGGCUUCGCCGAUUAAAGCCUAGGAACGGACUUGGGAAUGGUCGAGUCUUGAUGCCCCAUAUAGGCUGUCGAUCAAGAUGACGGCAAGUGCUGGCUCUAGGCCGACCCCAUCAUCCGUGAUGGGCAUCCUCCCGCCCGCCGACUAUGCGUCAUCUACAACUCUGAAUGGCCUGGCUGGGCAACGGCUAUUCAAGAAACACAAGGUUCUUCCACAUCCAAGUAAAGGGAAGCCUGUUGGCGUGAAUGGUUCGCCCCGCUCUGUGGCGCCAGUGUAUGGUUUGGAGAUCGAUACCUCUCCGAAGAGCUCCGGCUCACAGGCGUCGAUCCCUACUCUGAAGCAUCAGUCGAGGAAAACCGUGGGAGGACCAGACCUCCCUCCAACUCCACCGGUCCAUUCCCGGAACCCAUCGUCGAGCCACUCCACCCUCCCUUCGAGUCCGACUUACGUUGCAAGUCCCAUUCAGAACACCGAGCGCGUUCAAGCAACUAGCCCGGUGACACCAACCGACCAACGAACCCCGCCCACGCCGAACCUCACCCCCGAGAGGACUCCGCCGGGCCCUGCAGAUCGGCGUCCAAAGCUGCGACCCCCGAUUUACGACCGUAUGCCGUCGAAGACGACGACUGACUCGAGAACAGAAUCUUUCAGGACAGCUCCGGAGAACCCAUAUUCAUCUGAGGACGAAGACGAAAAGUCCACCAUACGCCCAAAGCCGCCGUCUGCUCGUACGUCACAGAACACUGUUCGGCAGGUAGAUGUGGAGGCGGAGUCUGGUCCGCAAACUGUGGGCUUGGGUCUUGGUCCUGAGUCGGGUGCUGAAGAUGAUUUGACUCCAAGGACCAGGCGGGAAUUCGCAAGUUUUGAUGGAGGGUGGGCUUCGGGGAGCGAGGUCGAACAGGAAUGGGACGAUAAUCUUAUGAGGAAUGUGACUGUGAAGAAGCGAAAACCUGGAAUGAACGGGAGCAAGCAAGAAGUCGUCGAAAAUGUUACAGUCGCCCAAACAAAUGCCACGAAGGCCUUACGAUCCAUAUCACUACAGGAAAGCCCGCUCGUCUAUCCGUCGCGCCGCGUCGUAUCGGAUCGAGUCAAACCGUCGACCGCCUCGUCAGUCUCCGAGUCCUCAACCAACAUGGACCACCGCAGGUUCUCUGGCGUUUCCACAAGAUCGACUGUUUCGACAGUCGUGGAGGCGAUCUUGGUCGAUGCACCACCCCAACGCCGUAAAACCUUGAGGCAUGUGAAAAAGAAGGCUGUGUUACGGGAUUCCGGGCUAGACCUGUCCUCGACAGGCUCAUUCCCGACUUCGCUACCGUCAGACGAUCCGAGGAAUCAAGAGCGACCGAGUGGUCAGGCUGGGCGUGAACGAACCGCUUCUACCGCAACCUUCAACUCGAUAUCUAGUCGUAAAGCGCGCCGAGAGAUAUACAAGAAUGGAGCCAUCCCCGUCAUCGUCAUCCCGGGUCGAAGCUCAUCGGUCAAGUCGAAUAGCAAAGAACCUUCUCUUCGAUCGACAAGCAGUAGGAGGUCCAAACGAAGCCAGAGUUUGAGCUCCACGCCUAUUCCCCUAUCGUCGAAGGGCACGACUCCACACUUCGAGAGACCGACGCGGCGUAGUAGGACGCUGUCUGGGUCGGACGGAUCUCGCCCCGGCGAUCAGCGCACAAUCGAUUAUCCUCCUGUUGUGCCUGCUCGCUCUUCCUCAUUGUCAGCGCCCACGAGCCGGAACACUUCUCGAGCAGGGUCUCUCACUGCGCAAAGCCUGGAAGCUCACAACGCCUUUCAAGCCCAACAAACUCGCAAGGCCCUGCAAUCGCUUUCUCCGAAGGACCCCACAGAACCACAAGCUUCUGAGAGAGCAGCAGCAAGACGACAACCUCUGCAUACAAACCCUGGGCUGGUGGAGCAAAAGCAUGCAUCCUCAGAGAUCGCGAUACGGCUCAUCCCAUCUUUCGAAUCCAACAAGUCUGGCAAGGAAUCUCAUAGCCACGGAGCACAUGAGGACGGAUACGGUGAUCCUUUCUAUGGGAGACGGCUGUCAGUUCAGAAGACGCCGUUCUCGCUGGCUUCACUUGAAACGACAGUGACUUCCCACGCCGAAGUAUCCGAGGCGUUGGCCGUGAAUAUCUAUCCGCACCAGAACAAGUCUGUUCUUGUGGUCAACCAUUCCAACAAGCCUUCCGAGAGCUCGUCCCUAGAGCAACCACAGACAACGCCGGAGCAAGAAUCCCCCAUAAUUAAGUCGACGGAGCCUGGCGUCACCGGACCCGUCACGCCUCCACAGCCAACAUUCUCCAUGGAUGAUGUCGAUUCUCCCCUCCGGAAUCCCCGAGCGCCACCCGAACCGCCCGAGCUACCCAAGCCACCCGUCAUUACAUUUAUCCCCGCGACACCAUCAGGCCUUACCCCAGCCCAGGAGAAACAGGAGCGUCUCGGAAAUUACUUUGAGGAGGCACCUCAGGAACCUCAGCGGCCAAUCUCCCUACUGCGGAGGACUUUCAGCCUGCGACGACAUUCGGAGUAUGGCCCCUCAGCUUCACGCAAUCCAGGCCUUCUGACUCGAACUUUCUCAUUGUCGAGAAAUGUCAAGAAGCAGCGGCCUGAAAAUGGGACCGCCAGGGGCGGCAGAAAACCGGCAUCGUCAGCAUAUCCAACUGAGGAUGAUGAGCCGGCAGAUGAGAAUAGACUGCACCCAUUCUGGCGGCCUGCACAUUUCGACUACCCAAGAGACGAGAAUGACUGGGUUUAUGAUGUUUCUGAUGAGGAGAUGGUGAGAUUCCCACCGGUUGAUAAUCGCCCAGCGCCUCGGCGUAGCCUCAGCGCUCGCAUGAAGCGCACAUUCGCCAUUCUACCGAUCCGUGAUGAAUACGAUGACCACUAUGCUCCAGUCGAAUCUGGUGUGACAGCACAACGGUCCAUUCGACGCACGGCCAGCGGGAGUCUCCGCGUGGUAAAACAGCGACGCAGCCUGGAUUCUCUUCGUCGCCAAGCGCGGGCUCUCGAUGAACGGCCAUAUACCGCCCCCGACCAAGAGACGAGAAGUCGUGGCCCCCGAUUCUGGCGAUCGAACAGUCUUUCUAGGCGCUAUCCAAAAGGCGGGGCCGAUGCUGCAAUAUUCCCAAAUUUUCUUCCAGGACUGGGCAGCAAGAUUGACAAGUACGGCUUCCACAACCUUCCUCGCAGGAUCAGCGAGCGGCAACGGGAGAAGAGGAGCAGAGAAUUGCGGCUGAAGAUCAGCGGGCCCCGCGAGGUUAGAGAUGGUGUGGGAGACGUGAUCAGGAGGAGUAGCUGGCGGGAUGCUUUCAAUCAGUCACGACAUGUUUGACACUUA